GCUUUAUGAAGCAAAAGGAAGAUCAUGAUAAACUCUACACAGCUUUCAUAUUUCACACUUAGUGCCUACUUUGACACUGGACUAUUUAAAUACCUAUUUUUUAUAAUUGUUAUGACUUUAUAUAUUUUAACUGUUUGUGCCAAUGUGUUGCUGAUAGUGAUUAUCUGUAUGAACAGAAGUUUACAUGAACCUAUGUACCUGUUUCUGUGCAGCCUGUGUGUAAAUGAACUGUAUGGUAGUACAGGGUUGUUUCCAUUCCUUCUGCUUCAGAUCCUCUCUGACAUUCACACUGUUUCUACUUCUUUUUGUUUCCUGCAGGUUUUCUUUUUAUACUGUUAUGGAGGCGUAGAAUUUUUAAAUUUAGCCAUCAUGUCAUAUGAUAGAUACCUUGCUAUCUGUUAUCCUCUACAAUAUAACACUGAAAUGACAAUUAACAAAAUUGUCGUACUUAUUGCUAUAACUUGGUUUUGCCCUUUACUGCUAUGUAUUGUGAUGGUGUCCUUGAGUAACUCUUUACAGCUGUGUGGGAACAUUAUUGAGAAAGUGUAUUGUGACAACUACUCUAUUGUCAGACUAGCCUGCUCUGACACCAUGAUCAACAAUAUCUAUGGACUCUUUAUUACUUCACUCUCUGUCUUUUGUCCUCUAAUUCUAAUUUUCUACACUUACCUGAAGAUUCUUAAAGUUUGUUUUUCUGGUUCUAAACAGACCAGACAAAAAGCUGUCAGUACCUGCACACCUCACCUGGCUUCUCUGCUCAACUUUACAUGUGGGGCUUGUUUUGAGGUGUUACAGAGCAGGUUUAAUAUGAAUAAUUUACCCAAUAUUUUGAGAAUUGUUUUGUCUUUGUAUUGGCUUACGUGUCAGCCGCUUUUCAACCCUGUACUGUAUGGUUUAAAUUUGUCCAAAAUCCGCAUCAUAUGUAAAAGUCUUGUCUUUGCUGAAAUAUAG